AGACAAGGGACGGCCAGACGGACAUUGAGCCGCGGCCGCUAGGCGACCGUCGGUGCGGCGCCGGCGGCUGCGGUGCCGGCGGCUGCAAAUGCGUCGGCGAGAAGGGCAGCAGGGGAGCGCCGGGAGCCCAGGGGCCCUCUGGCGUCAAGGGCCAGCAGGGAUUCCCCGGCAUGGAGGGCCUGCCCGGCCCGAAGGGAGACAAAGGAUCCGGCGGUCCGCAGGGACCCAGGGGUCUGCAGGGAGAUCGGGGCAAGAUGGGCAUGCCUGGCUUCCCCGGCAUCAACGGCAUCCCAGGCCUGCCAGGCGGUCCCGGUCCGCGAGGCUUCCCUGGACUGGACGGCUGCAACGGCACCGACGGACCGCCCGGCUUCCCCGGCACCCCAGGCCCGGCCGGACCUCCGGGCUUCCCUGGCGUACCAGGAACUAAAGGUAAGAGAGCGGACGGGACACCUCUGCUGUCUUCACACCGGUCACCUGACUGACGGGACACCUCUGCUGUCCUCACA